GGCUGUCGUUACAGCUUCUUUGCAAAUUACCUUUCCCUGUCGAAGCUGGUACUUCAUUACUCGCUUCGGUGAACCAUGAAAUUCUAUUUAGUACAGAUAUUGAUGUAGAAUGAAUGUGGACCUCUUCAGAGAAAUUACAUUUCGCAAUUCAAGACAGACGUACAGGGGCAUCCCCGUGAUGGCGUCAAAUAUGGACACCGUUGGAACGUUCGAAAUGGCGAAAGCACUGUCAAAGCAUGGAUUAUUCACCACAGUUCAUAAGUAUUAUACACCAGAAGAAUGGGUGGCUUUCGGCACGCAAAAUAAAGACUGUUUACAAAAUAUGGCAGCCAGUUCAGGUACUGGCGAAGAUGAUUUCGAACGGCUUUCGAAUGUAUUAACCGCCGUGCCAGAGCUUACAUUUAUAUGUUUAGACGUAGCCAAUGGUUACUCGCAACACUUUAUCGAACGUGUGAGGAAAGUGCGAGCAGCAUUUCCUAAGCAUACAAUAAUAGCUGGUAAUGUAGUCACUGGAGAAAUGGUUGAAGAAUUAAUUCUGUCCGGUGCUGACCUAAUCAAAGUAGGAAUUGGACCUGGUUCCGUGUGCACAACUCGAAUGAAGACUGGUGUGGGAUAUCCCCAACUCAGCGCUGUGAUUGAAUGCGCUGAUGCAGCGCAUGGUUUAAAGGGGCACAUAAUAUCCGAUGGUGGAUGUACUUGCCCAGGAGACUUAGCCAAGGCUUUCGGUGCUGGUGCCGAUUUUGUUAUGGCAGGAGGAAUGUUUGCAGGUCACGACGAAUGCAGUGGAGAAAUAAUAGAAAAAAAUGGAAAGAAGUUUAAACUCUUUUAUGGCAUGGCUUCAUCGACAGCGAUGAAGAAACAUAUUGGAGGAGUGGCUGAGUACAGGUCUUCGGAAGGGAAAACUGUAGAAGUGCCUUACAAAGGAUUGGUGGAAAGUACAGUAUUAGACAUAUUAGGAGGAUUACGAUCAGCAUGCACUUAUACAGGUGCAGAAUGCUUACGAGAACUGCCUCGACGUGCCACAUUCAUACGUUGCACUCAGCAACUGAAUCCAAUGUAUGGACCCCCACCUGGGAUGUGAGAGUAACAUCAGACUAUUUGUUUUAAAAUGGUAUUAAUGUUACAAUAACGGUACUAUAAUAAUUAAGAUUAUUCGCUGACGAGUACUGUUCAUGCUGUUUGCCAAACUAUACGCUCUUCCGGGAACACGCACACUUGUAUACAUUCUAUGUACUACUACUAGUAUGCAAUGUUAUAUCGCACAUUAAAUGUGCGACUCCGCACACCGAGUAGAUUCUUGCCAAUAUAUUGUUUUCUAGUGAUUGACGCGACAAUUACUGUGUUAAAUGGAAUAUACAUGUAUAUUAAAAAAUUAAUAAUAUCUAA